AUGCCGUUUCAAUACAAGAGCAAAUGCAGUUCAUCUCGUAAAAAACUUAUAAAACAGGAGCUGCAAAAUGCUAUUGCAGAUGUGAAAUCUGGUGCAUCUCUGAGGAAAACAGCUAUCAAGUAUGGGAUAAACAGGACGACUUUACGUCGGUACACAAAAAAUGAAGAAAAACUGAGAGUUUUUGAUGAAAAGGGUAGUUCGCAUAAGGCUUCUCAGAUUUUCACAAUUCCAGAAGAGAGUACUGCUGGUUGGAUAUUUAAUAAACUGCAGUAA